AUGAAUGUUAUUUACCUGUUUUGUAGUAGUUUUAUGUUAGGAUACGCGGUCUGCGAGAAUGAAACAAACAGGAAUUCGGUAUUCAAUUUCUGCAAUCAUCCAGAUUGUUCGAUGGAAAAUCAGCACACAAUGUGUGUGGCAGCUAAUAAACAGAGCUCGAGACUCUACGCCUCCGGUAUGACAACAUGGAUGCGCUACCAGAUUCUAUUACUGCACAAUAGGCACAGGGACAAUAUAGCUAUGGGCUUAGAACCAGGUCAGCCACCUGCUACGAACAUGCGGAAGAUGUACUGGGACUAUGAACUUGAACAUAUGGCAGAGGUAUGGGCACGACAGUGUCAGAAACGACAUGACGAGUGCAGGAAUACUAUCAGAUUUAAUGUUCUCCAAAAUAUGGACGUUCGGGCUGUCGUUAGUAGGGUUACUGAAGCUCAAUUACUGGCGGACGCUGUGGGCGCUUGGUUUUCUGGUUCCCGCGCCCUGCCACCUGAGCAUGUGUGGUCUUUCAGGCAAAGUAACUGUAGUGCGCCUGGAGGUUGUAACGCUCAUUGGUAUUCAGCAGCAGCGUGGGCAUCCACAUGGCGCCUAGGUUGCUCCCAAUCACUUUGUACCGCUAAAAAGCCUUCAUGCGCUCUCUUCCGUAAACGGCGCACAGUAACUGAGGAAACUCCGGAAUAUUCAAUAGCUAAUGCUACACGAACCUUCAUGCCGAGUCAAAAUAUCCUUCGGCGUACUAGGUACAUGACUCAAGCUAAAUCUGUAAAUUUUGAAGAUUUUGCUACCACUGAUGGCAUAAGUUAUCGAAAAUCGAAAGAGUCUCCACUGCACCGUGGGAUUUUAAAUGACGAAAAUAAAGAAAAAAGACGAAAGGAAUCAAAAAUUUUGGCAUAUACAUUUUGCAAUUAUGGACCUGCAGGAAAUAUCGACGGCUUUCCUAUUUAUGAACCGGGAUCUACUUGCUCUAACUGUCCCCAGGGCUCACAGUGCGGGGACCGGACUCACAGGGCCCUGUGCGCCGUCACUGGGGAUCCAGAUUGUAGAGAAUAA